AGGCUCAAAGGGACUGCUGUUUUUCCGUCCUCUUUAGAGAGGGCUUAGCCGCCCGGCCUACAUGGCCGGCUGGGACCGCUACGGCGAGGAGAAGAAGUAUCGAAAAGACGUAGAUAUCAACGACAACCCCAAGCAUGUGGGGGAGCCUCUGAGGAAAUUGACUCUAGAGGACCGCCUGGAGUUGCGAAGGCAAACGCGGGAGCAGCAGAAGAAGCGCACCGUUCAGGCAGAGAUCGAGGAGGAGCUUUCGGAUGAGGAGCUGAUCCCAGCGUCUCCCUCCAAGCGGCCGAAGAAGGGCCGACCUCAUGGCGCGACGAACGGCGAGGACGCCGAGCUCGACAUCAUCGCGGUGGCGAAUGGCAAGUCGGGCAAGUCCAAGGAGAUCGUGGACCUAGCGGAUGAGGACGGCGCGACGUCGUCGCGCGCGGCCCUGCGGAGAGCUCGAAGAAGAGCGAAGGCCAAGGCCAAGGGGAAGCCUCAGCCUUCAGAAGUGGAGGUCCUCGAGUGAGCAUGAGCGAAGACGGGGGUGUCGGGAGUGGGUACUUCAUGGACAUCUUUGCUCUGAGUUUUGGAAGCCUCCCUCAGUCCUCUUAGAGAUGCUCUCAGAGUUGCUCUCCUGAUCCAAACUGGACAGUUGAGCAUGCAAUCAACGAAGUUGCAAACAUGCAAGUCAAUGAGAAAUUGAAAUGUCAGCUUUCACCCCAGAACAUCGGGAAAGAGCCAGCCUGCGUGCUGCCCAAAAAAAA